AUGAACAAAACGAACAAUUAUAAAUGCAGUAGAAAGAAGAGUACUUUGAAAACGAAUAGACAGAAUAACUCAAUAAAACGAGGAAAAAGGAAUGGGCGCAGACCAUUAAUAAAGCCACAUGAAACAGAAGAAGAGGCUAUAAUUCGAAGGUUCCACGAUGCGCAAAGAAUGGCAAGAUUUCGAGCUAGAAAGAAGAAAGCUCUGGAGGAAGUGAGGCUAUUUAAAACAGAAUUAAACAGAAGAGAUAUUACAUUCAAAACUAUUGACUCCAUUGUUGCCACGGAGACAAUGGAACAAUUUCAAACAUAUUUCCCUAUACAAAACUCAUCAAUUGUAUAUUCAACUUGUAAACAAAUCAUUAAAGAACUAGGGAGGGACAUUAAAUUAACAUACGCUGAUAGUAAAAUUUCAAUAGAGAGAUUAAAACUAGGUAUUAUAAAAGCUAGGAUGCUGAUAAAGGAAUGCUUAAUGGAGACAGAAAUUAAUUUACAGCAGUAAUUAGCAAAAUAUAAAUAAAUGUAACUUGUUAUGAUAAACUAAAUAGAUAAACUAUCCUAUUAAAAUUUUAUUUAAGUUUUGUGUAGAAAUCAAUGUUACAAUAUUACUAUUUGGACAAUUGUAACAGUCAUGAAUGUUAUGUUUAUAGAUUUUUCUUCUAUCAAUAAAUAGUAAAACAAAAAAAAUUAAAUUCACUGCUGAGUAGAACACAAAUACUAUGCAAUAUGAUGAUUAACAAUAAAAGAAAUUCAUCAACAUAGUAACAAUAAUACUCUAUAUAAAUAAUACAUAAAAAUUUGCUUCAGAUAUAAAAAACUAAAAAUCUCCUUACUCAAAUUAAAUAAAAUAAAAUUCUUUAAGAGUAAAACACGUUACUCAGUUAAAUUACUAACCUAAGCAUAUAUAAAUUCACAAUAAUAAAUAAAAAAAAUUAUUUCAGAUGUAAACAAGUAAAAACCUUGCUUAAAUAA